GUUUAUUUGUGUAUAGAAGUAGUAGACUAGCCAGCUGAUGUGUGUUCACACAGUGGUAUAAUAAUACAGGAGGAGAUGGACCGUAACUAUGACUGUCUGGUGAAGGUCCUGCUGUGUGGGGACAGUGGAGUGGGCAAGACCUGUCUCAUCUCCCAGUUCACUGAUGGACAAGUCAGAAAAUCCCACAUCACAACCAUUGGAAUUGACUUCAAGUUAAAGACACUCAAUGUCGAUGGGAAGAGACUAAGAAUGCAGAUCUGGGACACAGCAGGUCAGGAGAGGUUUGAGACACUCACAGCACAGUACUACAGAAGAGCACAGGGGAUAAUGUUGGUGUAUGACGUGACAAAAGAGAGAACGUUCACCAAUGUCUCCAAGUGGCUGAGAAAUAUAGAAGAGGUUAGUAUAGCUACUACAGUCUAUAUAUGUGUGAUCUACUGGUAGCCAGUAGUAGUAUCCCAUGACCACCAUGUGGAAUGAUGUGGUCACUACGUUGAGAUGGAUGUGACAUUAUGUACACAACUGCUGUCAGUGAGGUCACUGUGAAUUCCCUUGUGGGUGGUGCCUUGUAAAAAUCAGUAGAUUACUCAUCUCCCCUUUCAUCAUGUGGACACACAAUGCUAUACGCUACAGGCAACGUUAAUAGCAUUGCAAUGUUACAGUCUGUAUGUAGUAUAUACAUGCGUGUCUGACCCUACAGAAUGCAGUGGACAAUGUGAGG